GCGGCAGUGUGUUUCGUGUGUCGGGCGCGGUGUACGGAUCUACGUACGCGGCGAAUCGCGGAGCGGCGUGCGAGCUGAGAUUCCACUACGGUUCCGGCCGUUCGGCCGCGCGCCCACGUCAUCCGCUGUUCGACGCGGUUCACACAACGAACAGCUCCGUACGCGGACGGCAGACGCGUCGCUGAUCCGCAGCAGCAGCAGAUCCAUGCGGGGGGCCUAGCGAGCGAUACGCCGUCUGCAGCGCACCGUCGCAAGAAGCACGCGGUCGUGUUGCGGGUCGCUUACGCCAGUUCGCGGACUCGCAAAUGGUAUGCGGUACAGCGCUUCCGGACCGGAACGACGAGCAGCCCGAUGAAUCGUCGUACAUGCUCCGCGACAAAAAACCUUCGAGUCAUGGACAUCGUAUAGUCGCUCCGGACGGCGACUGGGGCUGGUACGUAGUAAGCGGAUGCGCGUUCGCCAAUUUUCUGUUGCCCGGCAUGCUGAUAUCUUUCGGAUCAGACGUCCUGGACCAGUUCACAGAGAUCCACGGGUUCAACUGCCAGUUCGCUAACCGUUGGAUACUAACCACGUUCGAUCUGAUGUUUUACGUAGCGGGUUCACUAUCCUGCAUACUACGUGAACUACUCUCGUUUAGAUCCGUUACGAUAUUGGGUGGACUUCUAGCGUUCGUCGGUAUGAUCACGAGUUCGUUAGCCAACUCUGUAUUGCAUUUAUUUGUAAGCUACGGGAUUAUGGUAGGAUUUGGCGCAGGUGCAUGUUAUCCAGCCGGUAUACUGUUAGUAAAUGAGUACUUCGACAGAUACAGAGGACUCGCCAACGGUCUGUCAUUGGUCGGCACCACGAUCGGUUCCUUCGCACUACCGAUCUACCUCAAGUUCCUGACCGUAUCGUACGGCUACAGAGGAGGAAUUUUGAUCGCGUCCGGAAUGAUAUUGAACGUAAUAGCGUGCGCGCUGACCUACGUACCGUCGGAAAAAUAUGUUCGAUCCGUCGGAACUACGGCGCCGAUGUCGUCGUCGUCGUUGUCCACGUCCGCGGUGUCUAUCGAAACGCGUGAGUCGGCCACGUCGGCCGCCAGUGCUGCGAGCGAUUACUACGCCCCCGCUGCGGACGCCCAGCCACCACCGUCGUCGCCGAGUCCUACCGCGCCGAGCGUCAACAACUGCGGCGGUGACACGGAACACCGCGGAGUCGCGUCCACCGUCCGACGACUGUUCGGCGGCAAACCGACCGUCGGAUUCGCGGCCGUAUCCGCCGUCAACACACUUAGCCACCUGGCGUUCGCCACGUUCGUGGCCACCGUCGUGCCGUCGGCGGCGCACACCACCAACGCACUGCGGUUUGCGGUCGCCAACGCGGCCGGUCGCGUUCUGAUGCCGGCCGUCUCGGACAUGCUGUCGCCUCGUGGCUCGGCGUCUGUUUACCUGUACGCCGUGGCCGUGGCCAUCGGUGGAGCCGUGCUGCUGACCACAGCCGCCACGCUCGUCGACCCGCUGCACAGGCCACCGCAAUCGUCGUCCUUGUCGUGCCUGCUCGUCGCCGCCGCGUUGGCGUCCGGCGCCGUUGUCGCGCUCGAACCGCUCGUGGUCGUCCGCGUGUUGGGCUCCAAACGGCUGGCCGCCUCGUAUUCCACUACACUGUUUGGAAAAGGCGUCACGCAACUGGCCGUCCAUCUGCUGUUCACUUCUUCCGACCGCCGUCACCCGCACGGUCAUCAAAUGAUCUCCACGUCCGUUGCGCUCUACGCACUCGGGUCUUGCCUGGUUGCCACGGCCGUAGCGUGGACGGCUGCAUUCCUUUACAAAAGUCAUUACGCUACCUCUAAAAACAGUUACGGCCGCUACGUGAUUACUCUCUGAUGUGCUAACUUCCGCGGGUACGUGCUAUCUACCGCGAUCCGGGGUCUGGCCAAAGUUUUCCCACGAAUUCAGCCGAAAACGGUUUGUUGUUGGUUGUUUUUCUCUCGUUUCGGAAAUAUUUUGAUACACCUACCGAUGUAAACAUUGAAAGAAACACGGUCCAUCAUAAAUACACUUUUUUUUUUUCUAUGAACUCGUCGUUUUAAUCACAAGUCUAAUAGUAGGGAAGCAACAAAAAUCUAACUUCUGCAGUAUCUUAUCGGGAAGUACAUAUAAAUACACUUAUAGAAAUGUAUAUCUAUAAUACUGGCAUGUUAACCAUAUUUUGUAUUGAUUUAUACGA